AUGGUGAGAACAAGGACAAAAGACCCAGAAGAUGCUACCUCUGCACGGUUGGACAUGAUGGAAAGAAUGAUUAUGGAGAUGGUGGAAACCUUACGGCAACAACAGCAGCAACAACAACAACCGCCACCACCACCGAUACCUCCACCUGUAGUACAAGAUUUUCAUGUUGAAGAUCAGACCAUUACCCGUACCAAGGAGCUUAACAAGAUGAAACCGCCGUCAUUUAAAGGAGGGAUAGAACCAAUGAAAGCUGAGUAUUUCCCUCAAAGUAUGCGAGAUAAGAAGGUGACAGAAUUCGACACUCGCAGACAAGGGAACAAAACCGUUGCCGAAUAUGAAGCCCAAUUUGCAGAACUAGCCCGGUUUGCACCUCAUAUGGUGGACACAGAUUACAAGAAGGCGCGCAAAUUUGAAGGGGGAUUACGGAGUGCUAUCCUGGACAAGGUCAACAUGUUGAAGUUGCCUACUUAUGUCGAUGUGUUGGAGAGGGCUGUUAUAGCAGAAGGAAACCUCGUUACUCAGAACCGAAUUUCUAAAUGGAAAGGGAAGGGGCAGAAUACUGAAUGGUCAAAGGGGACAACUACUCCACCAAACAAGAAACAAAAUUUAGGGACUUCAAAUACUUCUACGCCUAGUCAGGAUUCAAUUCCUGUUUGUCCGAAAUGUGGAAAGAAGCAUCAUGGGACGUGUUAUCGGAAGUCUGGAGCCUGUUUUCAUUGUGGCAAACCAGGUCAUUUGAUAAGGGAUUGCCCUCAAAGGAAUCAACAAAACAUCAAUAGGGCUGCUACCAGUUCAGCGGGGUCUACCCCAACUCCCAACACUAAGACAACUGCUAAACCUACUAACAAUAAAGACACUGCGAGGCAAGGCAGGGUGUUCACAUUGGUUCCAGGAGAUGUGCAAAAUGCGGCAACAGUGGUGUCAGUUAAACCUGAAUUGCCUUCUCGGAUCAUCAUCCACCAUCUUCGAGCAUCAUCAUCCAAUGUGAAUGCUGCUAAUGACACCUUCUGA